CUGACGUCAUCUAACGGCGCCGGAAGUGAGUGGAGCGCGGACGGCUGGCGGUUAUGGCUGGUGUGAUUAAGAAGACCACAGGCUUGGUGGGCCUCGCUGUUUCUCUACACCCACAUGAGCGUCUGAGGAUUUUGUACACCAAGAUUUUGGGCUGCGUCCAGGCCAUGCCUCGGGAUGCCGCCUACAGGAAGUACACCGAGCAGCUGAUAACCGAGCGACUCGACCACGUCAAAUCGGAACCUGACGUGGAAAAGCUUGAAAUGAAAAUGAACUGUGGCCAGAUUGAAGAGGUCAUCGCGCAAGCGGAGACAGAGCUGGCCUUAUCCAGAAAGAUGGCAGAAUGGAAACCAUGGGAACCACUGAUCGAAGACGCCCCUGCAAACCAGUGGAAAUGGCCGGUCUAAACUGGCUUUGUGGCUUUAUUCAUACUAGUCAUGCUGUAUGAGAUGUCAACGGGCUUUUUGUUGAUUUCAGGUGUAUUUAUGUUUAAAAAAAAAAAAGAUGAAUAAAUCUUGUAUGUAACAUG